AUGGGUUAUUACGAGAAUAGUUUCUACACUUUACUGGCCCUUUGCGCAGGUCUUCUUGCAUCUCAACCCACGAGGCGGAAUGAGUUGAAGAAACAGGCCGAAGCUCGCAAACAGGUAUCACGAGAUGACAAACAUCCCGAAGCAAAUUGGUACAAGGUUUACGCCCUCGUCAUGGGCGCUGACUGGAUUCAAGGGCCAUACUUGUACUCCCUUUAUCGCGAUGAACAUGGCCUAUCUGAGCGUCUAGUGUCUACCCUCUUCGCCACAGGCUUUUUGUCAGGUGCCGUCAGUGCCUAUUUCAUCGGCGCUUUAGCGGACAAGCAUGGCCGGAAAGCUGUUUGCAUGGUUUUUUGCCUGCUUUAUGCCAUGUCUUGCUUUUUUACCAUCCUACCAGCUGUUCCCCUCCUCUUCUUAGGUCGGAUCCUCGGUGGAGUGAGCACAAGCAUCCUUUUCAGUGUAUUCGAUAGUUGGAUGGUGACCAACUUUCGUGAGCGCAAACUCGUCGAAGACGGAUGUGACCUGUCUAGGACUUAUGCUACCACCAGCAUUGUUAGCAGUGUCUCGGCUAUUUUGAGCGGCAUCGUUGGUGAAUGGCUCGUUAAAUUUACGGGUACCAAGAAGGCGCCAUUUCUACUGAGCGCCGGCCUACUAUGGUCUGCCCUCCAACUAAUCUGGGCUCAUUGGAUUGAAAAUUACGGCUCGAAAGAAUCGGAGUCAUCGGACAAGUCCAAGAAGUCCAAUGUCUGGUCGACUUUGAAACGACCCUCAAUCUUAGCUCUUGGAUUUGCCUCGACUAUGUUUGAAGGAUCUAUGUAUCUCUUCGUCGUCUUCUGGACACCUACGAUUAAGGCUGUCCAGAAAUCUACCGGGGAACUUCCAUACGGAACCAUAUUCUCUAGCUUCAUGGCGUCCUCGAUGGCUUCUGCGUUGAUAUUCAACAUCGUCAUGCAGAAACGGCCAUUCAAAUAUUCCCGGCUUCUUAUCGGCAUCCUGCUUGCUGCCAAUUUUUGCUUUGUUAAGCUUGCGGGCCCCAAAACCGAGGACGCUGCCUUCUGGCUCUUCUGUCUUUUCGAAGCCUGUGUCGGUAUGUACUGGCCUUGUACUGGCUAUUUAAAGGGUCGGCUCGUAGAGGAUGACGUUCGCGCCAAAGUUUACGGCAUUUUGCGGAUUCCGUUGAAUAUCUUCGUUGUGGUUUCGCUAGCCAUUGCUGGCGAUAGUAAGAGCUUCAUCAAGGUUUUCUCGGCAUGCUCGAUGCUAUUGACUGCAUCUUUUGGUGCAGUUUGGGCGGUCAGCUUGAAAGAGAAUAUGCCUUGA